AUGUCGAGACCUGAAGAAAUAGCACCACCAGAAGUAUUUUAUAAUGAAGUGGAAUCACAGAAAUAUACAUCCAAUACUCGUAUUCAACAAAUCCAGGCCGAAAUGACGCUUCGAUCAUUGGAAUUGCUAAAUUUGUCAUCGACAGCUGAAUUUAUACUUGAUAUUGGAUGUGGAUCUGGGUUAUCUGGAGAAAUAUUGACAGAAGAAGGCUAUAACUGGAUAGGAAUGGAUAUUUCACCAAACAUGUUAAUAACAGCUCUCAAUAGAGAGGUUGAUGGAGACUUGUUACUAAGUGAUAUAGGAGAUGGAGUCCCAUUUCGAGCAGGAACCUUUGAUGCUGCAAUAUCAAUUUCAGCAAUUCAAUGGUUGUGUAAUGCAGACACAUCCAAUGCAGAUCCCAAAAAAAGAUUGAUGCGAUUUUUUAAUUCUCUAUUCUCAAGUCUCAAAAGAGGUGGGAAAUUUGUUGCACAAUUCUAUCCCAAAAAUGACAAACAAAUUGACUUGAUCCAGCAUAGUGCAAGAGUAGCUGGGUUUAGUGGUGGUUUAGUUAUUGACAAUCCAGACAGCAAGAAAAAUAAAAAAUACUAUCUUGUUCUUACAGCUGGUGUAUCAGAGAAAGCAGUCAAUUUAGAAGGAGUGAUGAUGGAUGCUCCUGUGGUCAAAAAGAAAUUGAGUGUCAAACAACGAAAAGAACUAGAAAGCACAAGAGAGUUUAUCAAGAGAAAGAAGGACUUGAUGAUAAAAAGAGGAAAAAAAGUGUCCAAGGACUCCAAGUUCACUGGGAGAAAAAGACGCCCUCGUUUUUAG